UCAGUGAUUACCAACGAGGCGCGGGCGCAACACGUCUUGUUUAGUUUAAUAACCAUGAAGUAUUUUGUGGUUUUUGUUUUGUUGGGCACUAGCUGGUGCAUAGAUAUUCCUAGAGCUGGGGAUGAGCUUAAGUACGACUGUGAAUAUUGUCAGCCAGAACAGAUCCACAUAGCAUUCGGCAACAAAGUGAACGACAUAGUGGUGACAUGGUCGACGUUCAACGACACAGAGGAGUCACGCGUCUCGUAUGGCGAAGGCUUCAGGAAUAAGGAGGCGACGGGAUCUAGCAAACUAUUUGUAGAUGGGGGCAAGCGCAAACGUAGCCAGUAUAUACACACCGUCACCUUGAAGGACCUUAAGUUUAACACCAGUUAUGUAUACCACGUGGGCUCUAUGUACGGAUGGUCGGAGGAAUUCACAUUCCAUACGGCACCGGAAGGUGAGGACUGGGUUGUGCGGGCUGCCAUUUACGGUGACCUGGGAAGCGGGAAUGCACAAUCUCUACCAUACUUACAAGACGAGGCUCAACGUAACAAGUACGAUGUGAUCCUACAUGUAGGAGACUUCGCCUACGACAUGGACUCUCAUAAUGCUCUCGUUGGUGAUGAGUUUAUGCGACAGAUCCAGCCAGUUGCUGCAGUCGUACCAUACAUGACAUGCCCCGGGAACCACGAGGAGAAAUACAACUUCAGUAACUACGCCGCACGCUUCACGAUGCCCGGCCCAGACUCGAGUCUAUUCUACAGCUUUGACCUGGGCCCCGUGUACUUUGUGUCUAUCUCCACUGAAGUUUACUACUACCUACACUACGGCAUCAAGUUGAUCUGUGCCCAAUAUAACUGGCUGAAGAAAGAUCUGGAGAAAGCGAAUCUUCCAGAGAAUAGAUCGAAGAGACCGUGGAUCGUGGUGUUCGGACACAGACCGAUGUACUGCGAUGACAGUAUCGACAAAAACUGCGACAUAGAACGAACGCGGAUCGGACUGAACGGGCUUUGGCCUUUGGAGCCUUUUUUGAAGGAUUAUGGUGUAGAUGUGGUGAUCUGGGCCCACAAUCAUUUGUACGAGAGGUCGUUCCCACUGUACGACAAUAAGGUGUACAACGGUUCAACUGAGUAUCCUUACGUCAACCCUGGAGCUCCAGUCCACAUCAUAACAGGAUCAGCUGGUUGUUGGGAGGAACAUUCACAUUUCAGAAACGAGACAGCUCCAUGGUCUGCCUUUAGGAGCAUACAUUAUGGGUACACAAGGUUCGAAGCUCACAACAAGACUCACCUCUAUAUGGAACAGGUCGACGUGGAACAAAACGGUCAAGUCAUCGAUUCUCUGUGGCUGGUCAAGGACUUCCACAAACCUUACGAUAUAUAAUAAGUAUUUUGUUUUAGUUUGUAAUUCGUAAACACAUUCGUAAAAACAUUCUGUUGUGUGAAAUAAAUAAACAGAUAU